AUGACAACCCAAUACGAUGCCCAUGAUGCCAUCCUGCACCAUAUUUUCAAGCAAACUCAAGGAGAAGCCUGGUUCAAACCGACCUCGGAGUCCGCCAAGGCUGGAGUUGCUUUGCGAGUAGAGAACUCGCCGCCAAGGUUCAGGGUGUUCCCCUAUGAGAAUCCCCACCUUAUCCGCUUCGAAGCAGCGGUUCGUGGCUUAAACCCCCUCGUUGCUGUCAAGCUUCGUUCUGCUGCAAUCCAUGCUACGUUAUUGCUAGUGGGCGAAGUUGCCACAGGGAUCUUCAUCGACGACGAAGUCCGAAUCCAAAUUCUCGAUUCUAUAGAGGACCUUCCCACUGCCGACAAGGAGCAGAAUGCGGCCUUUAUUCGAAACGAACGGAUUUUGAUCUGCUGGUCCGACCAUUUAGACGGAAUUAUCCCAACUUGUACCGAUAUCGAAGAGAAGCUCAUCGCCUUGGUCUGGAAAGCCAGUCGUACCAAUCUUGAUGCAGGCAACUCCGAUCCGUCGGCGCGCUCCUCCAGAGGGGCGCCCACCAUCAAGUUUCAACAACAGGAAGCCCCUCCAAACAAUCAACCAUUAGCACAGGACGACCCAAAGCUUGCCGACUCGCCCUCUGCCGUCUCAGAGAAUGAGAAGCGACGAAAUCGGGCAUCCAAUAUAUUCGCGUGGAAAUCGGAAAAGACGAUGAUGGAUGAAGAGUCGAACGAUAAGACGUCCAAGAAACGGCCAAUCAGGCUGUUUGCUCCCAUUUACAAUGGGCUCGGUGCCGCUUUGGGUCUCCUGCUGACGCUGGAGGCACUAAGGAAGAUGCUCGCCGAGUAUUGGCUCGACGGUGGAAAGCUACGUUUUAUGCUACUGGUGACCCUACCGUUCCUCUUUUGCGUCUCAUUGUUCUUCUACAACUUUGUCAUCAUUCUAGUUGCUCAAUCCAUUGGACCCGUGGCACAAUAUCACCAAAACUCCAAAUACUACUCUGCUAUCAAACCAGCUCCGAAUCCGGAUGUGGACAGGCAUCUCCCACACAUAACCAUUCAGAUGCCAGUUUACAAGGAAUCUCUUACCGAAACCAUUGCACCAUCUUGCGAGUCGCUAAAAAAGGCGAUGCAGACGUAUGCGCGGCAAGGGGGAACUUCAAGUAUCAUGAUCUGUGACGACGGAAUGCAGCUCCUCGACCCCGCUCUUGCCGAGGAGAGGAAGCGCUAUUAUGCUGAUCAUGGAAUCGGAUGGGUCGCGCGUCCCGCUCAUUCGGGUGCUUCCGAUGGGUUCAAGCGUGCUGGGAGGUUCAAAAAAGCGUCUAACAUGAACUAUGCGCUCAAUAUUUCCCUCAAGAUGGAGGAACAUCUCGGAAGAUUUAUGUCGGAUCCAAAGGCACUCGAAAACGCGCGCAUGGCCAGACGACUUUCCAAGGCCGCGACAGGGGAUCGCCUCUAUGGCGAGGGUUUAUCGACGCAAGGGUGGUGGCAUUUGGACCUCGAUGAGGAGAUUGAGGAAAGCUUAGAGGACUUGGCACUUCGUGCUGCCAUGGACGAGGUCUACGCGGAGAGUGGUAAUCGGUUCCAACCUUGGGGAGCUGGUGGACGCGCCCUCCGCGUCGGGGAGAUUAUCCUCAUCGUUGACUCGGAUACUAUCGUACCGGAAGACUGCCUGCGGGAUGCGGCACGGGAGAUGGCCGAAUGUCCUGAACUUGGGGUGAUCCAGCACGAGUCGGACGUCAUGCAAGUCUCGCGUGACUACUUUGAAAACGGGAUCGCUCACUUUACAAGACGUGUCAACAAAGCUAUCUCGUUUGCAGCUGCCAACGGCGAGGUGGCUGCCUUUGUUGGGCAUAACGCUUUUCUUCGAUGGAGCGCAAUUCAGGACGUCUCAUUUAUUGAUCCCGUGGACGGAGAAAGGAAGAUUUGGUCGGAAAGCAAUGUCUCAGAGGACUUUGACAUGGCGCUCCGACUACAGCUUGGCGGAUAUAUCGUUCGUUGGGCGAGUUAUUCAGAUGGGGGAUUCAAAGAAGGUGUUUCGCUUACUUGUGAUGAUGAGCUCAACAGAUGGGAAAAAUACUCCUACGGUUGCUCGGAGCUCAUCUUUAAUCCGUUCGUCCAAUGGUUCACCAAAGGUCCCAUCAAUAAGCAACUCCGGACAUUUGUAUGGAGUAAUGCGCCGGUGCAUUACAAGAUCAGUAUGAUGGCGUACAUGUUCUCGUAUUACGGUCUCGCGGCGUCGUUUGUUCUGUCGCUCAUCAACUAUCUUGCCGUCGGCUGGGCGCUUCCACUUGACGGGAUGUAUCUCCAAAGUUUCGAGAUAUGGGUAUCGGUCAUCUUUGUUUUCCCCUUGUGUGGAAAUAUUGCGCAUACGCUCCUGGAGUAUCGACUCGGCCAGAAGGGAUUAAUCGCUGCAUUCAUCGAGAAUGUUCUAUGGAUGCCAUUCUUCGUGAUUUUCUUUGGCGGUCUAUCGAUCCAUCUUUCGAAAGCAAUCCUUGCUCAUCUAUUUUCUUAUAACAUCACCUGGGGUGCGACGAAGAAGGAGGUCGAGCGCUCCAACUUCUUCCUCGAAGUACCAAAGAUUCUUGUGCGGUUCCGUGUCGCUUUGAUUCUCUGCGUACUAACCAUUGGUGGAAUGAUUGCACUGACCGUGCCAAUCUUCCCACUUGAUUGGAGGAUCCCAUACAGCAACUGGUCUGUGGUCACCCCAUUAGCAAUUUCCAUCGUCUCUCACUUGGCGUAUCCCAUUCUCCUCAACCCUUACCUCAUGGUUUUCUCCUACUGA